AGAUUAUAGGAAGGAGUUUGAUUUUAGUUUGUUGAUACAAAAAAUAAAGAUAUUUCAUGUUUUGUUAGUGGUAAAAGGAAAAAAAAAUAUUUGAAAGCAUCGCAUUAAAACUAUAAGAAGUUAACUUAAUUUAAAAUGGCAUUAAUUUGCGCAAUUACAAACGAAGUUCCAGAUGUCCCAGUAGUAUCACCCGUUUCAGGAGCAAUUUUUGAAAAGCGAAUUAUAGAAAAAUAUCUUUUAGAAAAUGGGUGCGAUCCAAUUAAUGGAAAAGAAUUAAAAGCAGAAGAUUUGAUAGAAAUUAAAACGCCGCCCAUUGUUAGACCUAAGCCGCCAAGCGCAACUUCAAUUCCCGCAACACUGAAAACAAUGCAAGAUGAGUGGGAUGCUUUGAUGCUUCACGCGUUUACCCAACGACAACAAUUACAAACCGCUCGUCAGGAACUAAGUCAUUCUCUUUACCAACAUGAUGCCGCUUGUCGUGUAAUUGCUCGCUUAAAUAAGGAAGUAGCGGCCGCAAGAGAAGCCCUAGCAACACUUAAACCACAAGCUGGUAUAUCUACGGCAACAGCUGGUGCGACAAAUAUUCCACAACCCGCAAUUGCUUCAGAAGCGGGUGGUGUUGCAACGCAGCCAAUAGAGCAAGCUGGUAUGAGUGCCGAAGUUAUACAAAAAUUACAGGACAAAGCAACCGUAUUAACGCAAGAGCGAAAAAAACGUGGUCGUACUGUACCAGAGGAAUUAGCAACCCAAGAACAAAUAAAAUCGUUCUUGACAGUAGCAUCACAUCCAGGAUUGCAUUCGGCAUCGGUUCCAGGCAUUUUAGCCUUGGAUAUAAAUAGCUCCGAUAACAGCAAAAUUUUAACAGGCGGAAACGAUAAAAAUGCUACAGUAUUUAAUAAAGAUACAGAACAAGUGGUUGCUAUACUGAAAGGUCAUGCUAAAAAAAUAACUAAAGUAAUAUAUCAUCCAGAUGAAGAUACUGUAAUAACUGGUUCUCCUGAUGCAACGAUUCGCAUUUGGAAUGUACCCGCUUGCCAAACUCAGUUACUUUUGCGAUGUCAUGACAGUGCGGUUACGGGUUUAUCUUUACAUCCUACAGGGGACUAUGUCCUUUCAACAUCUUCAGAUCGUCAUUGGGCGUUCUCUGAUAUUCGCACCGGUAGACUUUUAACUAAAGUAAUAGACACAGCCGAAGUUGGCUUAACAACUGCACAAUUUCAUCCUGAUGGCUUGAUUUUUGGUACUGGUACUGAUGAUUCUCAAGUAAAAAUUUGGGAUUUAAAAGAACAAAGUAAUGUCGCGAAUUUUCCGGGUCACACCGGUCCGAUAUCGGCGAUUUCGUUUUCAGAAAAUGGUUAUUAUCUCGCUACAGCAGCAGAUGAUGCUUGCGUUAAAUUAUGGGAUUUGAGGAAAUUAAAAAAUUUCAAGACUAUUCAAUUAGAUGAUGGAUACGAAGUAAAAGAUUUAUGUUUUGAUCAAAGCGGAACAUAUUUGGCUAUUGCUGGGACGGAUGUUAGAAUAUAUCUUUGUAAACAAUGGCAAGAUUUAAUAAUUUUCAAUGACCACACAGCGUUGGCUACUGGUGUUAGAUUUGGAAAACAUGCCCAAUAUUUGGCCUCUACUAGCAUGGAUAGAACCUUAAAAUUAUAUGCAAUUGAAUAGACAAUAAAAAGUCGAAAAUCUAUUUGUAUUUAAGUAUAACCAAUAAUAAAGCUUGUAAAAGUAAACUAAAA